GAAACACCCCUUUAGCAGGUUUGCAGGGGCAUGUGAAGGAAAUGUCACGCUGGGCUGCGGUAGUUGUAUAGCUGUCUUUGGUAAGAUGUGGAUAGUCUCUUAGUUGCGUGAUCAGUAAAACUAAAACUUGUUUCAGUUGGCUUACUUUAAAAAUAAUGUAUACAAAUGAGCUUUUCGCUGUUUCCAAAAAGCAACUAAUAUUUAAUUGAUGUCAUUUCAUCAGGACGUCUAGACGAUGGUCUAGCCUAGCUUCAGUCUGGAAAUAGUGUACAGAAGUCCCGUCUGAAAAUAAUUUUACAGUGUUAAUGAGGAUGACAGUAUCACACAUGCGUUGGUCUUCCAAACUCUGCAGUGGGUGCACUCAAUGCUGGAAGACCAGAUGUCAAGCUGAGUUUAGAUGGAGAUUACAAGGAAACAGGAACUACAGUUUCUUACAAGAAGAUGUCAAGUCAGUACGAGGAGUGGUCAGCCCAGAUAUAUCUAAAAUCCGCAACAUCGGCAUCAUGGCUCACAUUGAUGCAGGAAAGACUACAACAACAGAAAGAAUGCUGUAUUAUGCAGGAUAUACCCGGGCUCUAGGAGAUGUUGACGAUGGCGAUACGGUGACAGACUUCAUGGCGCAGGAGAGAGAGCGAGGCAUCACUAUUCAAUCUGCUGCUGUGACCUUCGACUGGAAAGGGCACAGGAUUAAUCUCAUAGACACUCCAGGCCAUGUAGAUUUCACAGUGGAAGUGGAGAGAGCUCUGCGAGUGUUAGACGGAGCUGUUGCUGUAUUUGAUGCCUCAGCGGGUGUGGAGGCUCAAACUCUCACAGUGUGGCGUCAAGCUGACAAGCAUCACAUACCGCGGAUCUGCUUUCUCAACAAAAUGGACAAGCCUGGAGCCAGUUUUUCCUAUUCAGUUGAGAGCAUCAAGAAGAAACUGAAGGCAAAUCCAAUGCCUUUACAGCUGCCUAUUGGAAGUGGUAAAUGUUUCACAGGGUUGGUUGAUUUGGUUACCAAUGAAAGACUGAUGUGGCACACAAACUCUCGAACAGACGACGGACGAGCGUUUAAGAGUAGACCCAUCAGCUCCACAGAUGAUCCUGAACUACAUAAAGAAGUCAAAGAAGCAAGAAGUGCCCUUAUAGAACAAGUUGCUGAUCUGGAUGAUGAAUUUGCUGAACUAGUGUUAGGAGACUUCAGUGACAAUUUGGACUUGAUGCCUCUCGAGAAACUGCAGGCUGCGAUUCGCCGGGUGACUCUGGCUCGGAGCGCUGUUCCUGUGCUGUGCGGAAGUGCCCUGAAGAACAAGGGAGUGCAGCCGUUACUGGACGCCAUCAACACAUACCUGCCUGCGCCCAAUGAAACACACCAUGACCUCCUGAGCUGCUAUAAGGAUGAUCUGUGUGCCCUUGCUUUUAAAGUUCUCCAUGAUAAACAGCGUGGACCUCUAGUGUUUGUCCGCAUCUAUGCAGGAACCAUGAAGCCCCAGUCUGCUGUCUACAACAUGAGUAGAAAUACCAUGGAGAGGAUGAGUCGGCUCUUGCUUCCAUUUGCUGACCAGCAUGUUGAGAUUCCUUCUCUAACUGCUGGAAAUAUCGCUCUCACUGUUGGCCUGAAGCAGACUGUCACUGGGGACACCAUUGUCUCCUCCAAAUCUUCUGCAGCAGCUGCCGCCCGCAGAGCUGUCAAAACUCACGGCAAAGAGCAAUUUUCAGGCCGGGAGCAGGAGACCCUCGUUCUGGUGGGAGUAGAGAUCCCUGAGCCUGUUUUCUUCUGCACCAUUGAGCCCCCUUCAAUGGCCAAGCUGCCAGACUUGGAGCAUGCCCUGACUUGCCUGCAAAGGGAAGACCCCAGCCUGAAAGUCAAGACAGAUCCUGACUCAGGACAGACUGUACUGUGUGGAAUGGGGGAGCUACACAUUGAGAUCAUUCAUGAUCGAAUAAGAAGAGAAUAUGGCAUUGAGACUCACCUUGGACCUCUACAGGUGGCCUACAGGGAAACCAUCUUGCAGUCGGUUUCCACCACAGACACACUGGACAGGAGCGUUGGAGACAAGAGACACCUGGUGACAGUUGAGCUGGGAGUGAGCCCCUGCGCAGAGGGUAGCUCCACUGCUGCCCCUGCCAUCAGCUUUGAGGACAGUGUGGAAGAGCAGCUUCCUUUGGAUGUGAAAGAGGCAGUGGAGAAUGGAAUACAAAGUGCUUAUCUCCAAGGUCCACUGCUGGGGUUCCCGGUGCAGGAUGUGGUCACUACAGUUUACUCUGUCAGCAUACAGCCUGGGACAUCAAUGGCCAUGGUCUCAGCCUGUGUGUCUCGCUGUAUGCACAAGGCUCUUAAGCAGGCUGGAGGACAGGUGCUGGAGCCAUUGAUGAGUCUUGAGAUAACAGCCAAUGAGGAGCACCUGGGUGCUGUGCUGGGAGACCUGGCGCAGAGGCGUGGCUGUAUUCAUGAGAUCCAGAGUCGACUGGACAACAAAGUGGUGAUGGCUUCUGUACCUCUGGCCGAAAUGAUGGGUUACUCCACCGUCCUUCGCUCUUUGACAUCUGGCACUGCCACCUUCACACUGGAACUGUCCA